AUGAAGUCCUCACUUGCUUUUGCUCUUCUGACAUUCUUUGCCUCUCAGGGCCUUUCUGCUUCUGUUGACAUGUGGUCUUCUCCUCUCUCAGAAAGAGGCGCACCCAACUACAAGCCCAUUGAACCCAAAGUCAUCAAGUCUCGUCUCAGCACUACACCCCAAGAGAACAGUAAUGGAGAUCGAAAGCCUGCAUCGGUCUACUUCUGUCGCGGUGAGAAUUGGGGACCUCCAUGCUUUGAGUACCAGCCGGAGCUCGAUUACACUUGCACUGAGCUGAACGGCAAGCUCCAGAACCAUGUUGGUUCUGUCUUUUCUGAGCCUGAGAUUAUCUGCCGUCUCGCUACAUUUGAGAACCGAUGCGUUCCCCUCAACAUCUUUGCCUGGCCAGAAAUUGAGAAGGGUUCGGCCCAUCUUCUCCAUGAGAAAGCACCUUCAGGAACUGAUAGUCUGGGACAUGUGGUAACUCACUUCACUUGCGCCAAGUGCACUAACUGUGUACGAGAUCCCAAGUGA